AUGCUGUCUGAAGAACUUAUUCUUCUAGGAAUUGCUGGUGCCCUGGCAUCCUAUGUAGAGCUUCUUUCAAAAGUCUAUGGCCCUGUGUUCACGUUGUACUUGGGCAAGAAGCCUGCUGUGGUAUUAUAUGGGUAUGAAGCAGUAAAGGAAGCUCUGAUUGAUCAUGGGGAGGAGUUUGCUGGAAGAGGAAGCUUCCCAGUGUUUGAAAGAUUUAAGAAAGGCCUUGGGAUGAAAUUUAUGGCAGUAAUUUUCUGUCCAUACUACCAAGUAUGCAAACCUUUAAAGCUCACCCUGCGAUCCCACCUCAUCCUGGGCUGUGCUCCCUGCAAUGUCAUCUGCUCCAUUGUUUUCCAGAAUCGUUUUGAUUAUAAGGAUCAGGAUUUUCUUAACUUGAUGAACAAUUUAAAUGAAAAUGUCAAGAUUAUGAGUUCCCCUUGGAUGCAGGUUUGCAAUAAUUUUCCUGUUAUCAUUGAUCAUCUACCAGGGAGCCAUACUAAAUUACUUAAAAAUCUCAUUUCCUUAAAACGUUAUUGUUUGGAAAAAGUAAAAGAACACCAAGAGUCACUGGAUGUUAAUAAUCCACGGGACUUUAUUGAUUGUUUCCUGAUCAAAAUGGAGCAGGAAAAACACAACCCAAAGGCCGAGUUUACUUAUGAAAACUUUGCAGUCACCACAUCUGACCUGUUUGCUGCUGGGACAGAGACAACAAGCACAACACUGAGGUACUCUCUGCUGCUCCUGCUCAAGCACCCAGAAGUCACAGCCAAAGUCCAGGAAGAGAUUGACCAUGUGAUUGGUAGACACAGAAGCCCCUGCAUGCAGGACAGGAGUCACAUGCCCUACACUGAUGCUGUGUUGCAUGAGAUUCAGAGGUACAUUGACCUCCUUCCCACCAGUCUGCCCCGUGCAGUGACCUGUGACAUUAAAUUCAGAAACUAUCUCAUUCCCAAGGGUACUACUGUAAUAACAUCACUGACAUCUGUGCUACAUGAUGACAAAGAAUUCCCCAACCCAAAGAGGUUUGAUCCUGGACACUUUCUGGAUGAGAAUGGAAAGUUUAAGAAAAGUGACUACUCUAUUCCUUUCUCAACAGGAAAACGAAUUUGUGUAGGAGAGGGCCUGGCCCGAAUGGAGCUAUUUUUAUUCCUGACCACCAUUUUACAGAACUUUAAUCUGAAAUCUCCAGUUGACCUGAAAGACCUUGAUACCACUGCAGUUGCCAAUGGAUUUGUUUCUGUGCCACCAGAGUUCCGGAUCUGCUUCAUCCCAGUCUGAAUGAACACCACGUGCUUCUUUCUGUAGUCUCUUCCUCCAGGGCACAGUUGACCUCUUCUGUCAGGCGUGUCUCCCUGGCCUCCCAUCUCACAUUGACUCAUCUCCUCAAGAUCCAGGGAAUGCCUGUCUUCCAUUCUGGCUAACUUCUAGGGUCACCCCCAAACACAUCUGCAGUUCCUUAUGCUGUGCAAUGAUUUAUUGUCUUUAGCAUUGCUGACUCUUAUCUCAUGCCAAAUUAUUAAUAUAUAUAUAUUACUGUAAAGCUAAAACUGAAAAAAAUGAUUAUAAUGUGAGGUGAAGUUCAGCAUCACCUAGCCCGUGUGUGUCUUAAAUAAAAGCAUUAUAAUUCUGG